AGUGAAAGGGAGAAAGAGAGCCGCAGACCAUUCAAAAACAAGCGGAUAACAUCCCACUUCGUACUCCAGCCUCUCUCCUGUGAACCGAACCACACUGAAUUUUUUUCACCACCAUCAUCUUCUCAUUUCACGUGCUAUCAAAAUUUAUCCAAUAUCAGGUGAAAACCAUGGCUUGCCGUUCCAUCAACAUGUACGGUUCACUGCUCAGGCCACGGAGGAUCAUCGCCGAUCAGUCUCCGGUGAUCAGUUUCCGGCCGAACGAAGCAGGAAGAUUAGGUGUUAAUCGCAGGGUCGUGUUGUGUUGUUCUGCUCCUGAAUCCUCCUCCACGGCUACCGUAACUGACAAGAAGGAAGCAGAGCCAGCAAAGGCAACAACACCUGCAGCUGCGGCAACAACUGCUACUGAGAAGAAGGAAGCAGAGCCAGCAAAAGCAAAAGCUUCUCCGGCGAAGCCAAAGAAAGCUCCGGUGAAGCCACUGCCUGAGAUGAUGGAGGAGGAUGUUAUCCCCUCGCUGAAAGCAACACUUGAGACUGAAGAAGAUCUCUCACAGAUUGAGCUCUCUUUUAAAGAUAACAGGUUGGAAGGUUCUUUCCUAAAGAAAGACGUACCCUACUACUUCUGGGCAUUUUUUCCAGAUGGAGUCCUCACAGGUCCUAAAGGGUUUUCAUUGUCAUCACAUGGAUCUGAAGCAAGUACCGUGGAGCCGUUCCUCAUCGAUGAGAGAAAGAUCACAGCAAAACAUAUUGUGUUUUGGGUGGAGAAGAGACUAGCAGCUCAGGGUAUCCUUCCUGUGUGGAAGGAGUAAUUACAUGUCCUGGUGUAUCAACAAAUGACAAGAGAAAAAUAUCUGUAUCUGUAUUUUAGUUGAAAUAUUGCUAAAGGUUCGUAUUUCUAUAUACAUCUCAUUAUUUAAAUUUUAAUAGGACAAUUUUAUCC